AUGGCAACAAUAACUCGACCGCACAUUCUUCUGCAUUCUCGUGCUCCAUCACUCAAUCUCAAGCUCAAUUCUUCAUCAUCAUUUCUCCGCCACCAAAAACUCCCAAAUUCGUUACCCUUCACUCGUCGACGUAGCUUCUGCUCCGCCAAUUCAACGUCUCACAAAUCCGAAUCUGUUUCCAUCGUAAACGACCUUCUUGAUUAUCUCAACGAAUCGUGGACGCAUUUCCACGCCACAGCGGAGGCGAAACGGCAAUUACUCGCCGCCGGUUUUCACCUUCUUAACGAGAACGAAGAAUGGAACCUCAAACCAGGUGGACGCUACUUCUUCACUCGCAACAUGUCUUGUUUGGUUGCUUUUGCAGUGGGAGAAAAGUACGAUGUAGGUAAUGGUUUUUAUGCGAUAGCGGCACAUACGGAUAGUCCAUGUCUGAAACUGAAACCAAAAACGGCGUCGUUGAAGUCUUCUUAUAUGAUGGGAGAGUCAUUCUUAGAAGAAGUGAUAGUUCUUUUUUUCAUAAGCUUGUCAAAGUCAACAGACCCAUUUUGCGGAUUCCCACUCUGGCCAUUCAUCUUAACCGCACAGUGA